AUGCUCUCUCUAUGUGAAAUUGACACGAGGAGUAUCGAUGAAAUAUGGAAUCACUCCACAACACUCGGACCUUGCCUUAAAACAUUAAACUUUGGCUGCAAAUCAUUAGAUUUGACUUUGGGCGGUGUAUUGGCGGGGGAGAUUGUCGAAUUUUAUGGCGAUAGUGCUUGUGGAAAAACACAAGUUUCACUGUCAAUAAUUGCCAACACAUUAAUUGAAGAUUACCUAGCAAAUUUGGAAGGCAGAAAUGUUAUACUAAUUUAUACCCACAGUACACCACCACUUUAUCGUAUUAAACACAUAAUUUCAAGUCGGUUAAAUCUUUUACUACCAUCGGCAAAUUUGGAUCCUGUGGUCAAUAAGUUACUGAAAAGAUUACUAAUAUCCACCCCCAGGGAUUACAGGGAGCUGUACAAACUGUUAACAGAAGAUAUAUUUGCCAUUACUAUUAGCGAUCAAAUUGGGGCAGUUCCUAAUCUUCUGGUUAUAGAUUCUAUAUCUCUGAUGAGAAGGAUUGAACAUAAAGAGUCUGUAAGAAGACAUGUGGCACUAAUUCGUUCUGUUUCUAGGCAUUUGAAGAAAUUUGCGCACCAAAGGGGCGCUGCCAUAGUGGUGACUAAUCAAGCCCAAACUAGUUCAAAAAUUGACGGAUUUGCAAUUAAACCCCCCGUUUUAGGGUCUUACUGGACCAGGUCAAUUAACACAAGAGUUUACCUUCACCAAUAUCGUAUGCACAACUAUGAUUUGGGGAUUUCAGAAAAUUCCAAAAGAGUGGCCAAACUAAUCUAUUCAUCCAAGCCAUUACCCAUGCAUAGUGGUACCAUCAUAUUUUCUAUUGGGCCAAUGGGGAUACAAGAUUGUAAGGAUUAA